CCGCGCGCGCUCGAGCACCAAAAUCCAUCCGCGAAGCGCGUAUCAAGCCUUGGCAAUGGAGAUCCGCAACCGCGCUCCGUCGCCGUCGCCGCCAGUACUCCCACGAUGCCGAAGUGGUACCACUACAAGGCUCUGCCAUGUGAGCUCCAUCGACCUCACUCCACCAUUCUCCCCCAAUCUCGGCCGCUCACGCUCCAGAUCGGCCUCCAAAUCCCGCCCCACUCCUCCCAGCCCCCGCCCUAAGGAGAACCAAGAGAAUCCCUCCCCUCGAGAUCCUGGAUCCAAUGGGAGGGUGAGGAGGACCAUUGCUGUGGCACCCUCUGCCUGGGCUCUGUCUCCUGGGAGAUCGCCGGUGAAGGAGGAGCCUAGGUCAAAACCUGGGUGGAUGAGGGGCGGCAGGGUUCUGGGUUUCUUGAAACCCACAAAGAAGGAGCUACCGGCGAAGGAAGAGGACGCACACCGUCUAAGAGUGGUAUAUUCGAGGCUUCUCCAGUGGCGGUUCGCUAAUGCUCGCGCCGAGACCUCCAUGAAGGCUCGGAGAUCAUCCGCUGAGAAGAAAUUAUUCUAUGCUUGGCUGAGGAUUACUGAGCUGAGGAACAUAGUGGCUGCUAAGAGGAUUUUAAUACAGAGGAGGAAACAGAAGUUGAAGGUUUUGUGGAUCCUGGGCCCUCAGGUACAUGUAUUGAACCAAUGGGAGUCGGUGGCCAAGAAGAAUGCAGAGGCAGUUGGUGCUUUGUCUAGAGUAUUAGGAGCAACAUGUCUCUCACUACCCUUAGUUGAAGGUGCCAAGGUUGACAUGGUCUCUGUUCAUAGACAUAUUUCUACUGCUCUGAAUGUCAUGAAAAAUAUUGAAGAUAACAUUAAGAUGUUCUACUCCAAGAUAGAGGAGAUGACCGCAAUGCUUGGUGAGCUUGUAAAAACUGUGACAUUGGAAAUAGAGGCUUCAGAGGAACUGAUGAAAACAAGUAGGAAAGCUGCUUCACUUGAGAUGCAUGAAAUAAGCGUCAGAGCAAACCUGAUUCAAGUGAUGAAGGAUGAGAUAUUCUCCAUUCUACCAAUAAGGGAUGAUGGAAUUGACUACAAUCACAAUCAAGGAAUGGCCUUUUCUUCUUGGAAUGACUUCCCUGCUGUUUUGAUGCAAGUAUAUUAGGCCAGACAAAGAUAGAUCGAUUCAGCUGAUGCCACUGAUUGGAGGUUUUUGGCUUAUUUACCCCUGAUGAAGAAGAUGCACACCUUGCUUAGAUAGGCUUACUUAUUAUAUACAUACAUAUAAAUAUUGAAGAAGAUGAAUCUAUAUUUUCAACAUGUAAAACUAUUUAUUUGAUGCUUCGAUGUACCGUGAUUAAAAUCAUGUGUAUAUUUUUUUC